AUGAUUACCUCGAACAUCGAUACACUGAUUCAGGGCAUGGUUGAGCCAGCAUACGAACCCAUCUAUACCUAUCAAACAACUAGAGCAGCUGCGAACGGUAAUCAGGCUACUGUUCGUCUUGUUGCUCUGCUUUUCUCUGUUGCCGUCUCUUCAGUCGUCUUGCUUUCGCUGAGGGACUACGUUCACUGGUUGCAAGUUCGACCUCUCUCGCACGCCAUCUCUACACCUUCUGCAACGCAAAAGGCGCCCAAUAUGUCAACAUAUCCCACCCUGGACGACUUCCUAGUGCAAGCAAAGCAAAAUGCAAUCACUCACCUCAAAGCCGGCUCUAGCUCGCAAGGCAAAGUCACGCUGAUCAUGGGCAACGAAGCCGGCGAUCUCGAUUCGGCCUCGUGUGCUAUCGCUCUUUCUUACCUUCUGACUCGAUUCGGCUCACCUCCUGGAUACCAGCUUUCACCUUCCAACUACGUCCCAUUGAUCCAGAGUAUGCACGCUGACAAAGUCUUGCGAGCGGAAAACACAGCUGCCUACCAUGCAUCCGGUGUCAACCCCAACAAGGUUCUCUUUCUCGACGAUCUCCAGCAAUACUUGGGCUUACAGUUGGAUUCCGAAUCGUUCUCACCCUCGUCCAACGUCGCACUUGGUCUGGUCGACCACGCUUCGUUGACAGGACCAUGGGGCGGGGCAAAAGCACAGAACAGACAGGUCGAAAUCAUACUAGACCAUCACCAAGAUACUGGCGCUCACCCCAACGCAGCGCUAAGGAUCGUAAAGUCACCAAGUAAAGAAGCAGUGGGAAGCUGUAGUAGUAUCGUUGCUCAACUCUUUGCUGAGUCCUUCGCAAAGGCACCAAGUAACGAUGUGGCUUUGCGACAAGUUUCGGAUCUCUUACUCAGUGCGAUUGUGAUUGAUACGGACAACUUGAAGGGCGCACCGAGGGGUAAAGCAACAAAAACCGACUUUGAAGCGGUAAAGAUUCUCUUGCCUACCUCGUCGUUUGGCAAGCCAAGCACUUCGGAAGAGAUCAAAGAAACUGCAUUCUCCUUUUCCCCCCUUAAAGCAAGCCAAAGGCAAGAUGCGGCAGUGGAAGCAAUCGAAGCCAUCAACCCGUCCGGAUCCGAAGAAACGGAUUCAGCCAGAGAAAGCGCAAAAACCAUCCUGGCGCCAUAUUGGACCAUCCUCAUGCGUUCCAAGUUGGCCGUCUCACAUCUUUCCGGACGAGACUUGCUCCGACGUGAUUACAAACAAGUUGACUUGUCCGCCCACGAUUCUUCCAACAGGGACAUCUCUCUCAAACUCGGCUUUGCUUCAGUGCCCAUCUCACUGGUCGAAUGGCUACACAAGGACCGACGCUACGCUCGAAUCUCGGACGCGCCGCAUGCGAAACAAGAAGUGCAAGAGGCAUGGAGUGCAUGGUGGAAAACUCUCGACUUGUUCAUGACGGAACGCAAACUCGAUAUUGCAGUUAUGACCGGCAGCUUUCGUGUCCCAGAGGGCCAAGUUGAUGCAGGAAAGCACAAACGUGAACUAGUACUAGCUUUCGCCCCGAGGGGGAUGGGGCAAAGUCAAGCGGAAAAAUUGUGGCAAGAACUGACAAGAGGCUUGGAGAACGAUGCGCACGUAGAAAAAGAUGAUGUAGAUAGCAGGUUGAUGUUGCAAGAGCCGUGGAAGGGGCAGAGGAUGCCAGAGAUGGAGGGUGGGAAGAGGGAGAGGGUGAAGGGGGUCCGAGUUGAUGGCAGGAGGGAAGAGGAUGAGUGGAAGUGGGGGAAAGUGUAUAAACAGGCAAAUGCUAGGGCGAAUAGGAAGAUUGUUUUGCCUGCCGUGACGACGGUUUUGAAGGCGGCGGUUAGGAAGCUUUAG